GUAGGACUAGGAGUGCAGUGCUAGUGGCAGCUGAAUGAAGCCGCCAGGCCAAGCGCAGGGGCCGCUCGGGGCUAGCUGUGCCUUCCUAGCUAAGCUAGCCUCGACCUGCUGCGCUGCCAAUGAGCCCGGCGCUUCUCACAGAGCCGGUCCGCGGGCACGAUCGAAGGACAUGACAGAGGACAGCUAGGAAUCAUGGUAGAUCGAGCAUUGGAUGCAUCUCACUUGAGUGAACUGGUUCACUUGGAACUAUUGCAACAUGCCAAGUCUGUAUAUGAAGAACAGGGAACAUUGACAGAUGAUGUCCUCUCUGCGCUCCAUUUUAUGUUUGGACCACCUCUCCUGCAAGCCCUAGACCUGGUGGACCAUCAGAGUGUGACGCUGAUCAAGAGCGAACCAGCCGGCAGAAUAGUUUAUCAGGUUGUCGGUAGCUCUGGAAGUCCAUACCUGUGCCUACCAAGUGCAGGGUACUGCCCUUGUCUCUUCUUCUCAUUUGCAGUACUCAAGAGGAAAGAGGUUCCUAUGUGCAAGCACAUGCUAGCUAUACUGCUUGCCUCUGCUAUGGGACUGGUGAAAGAGACUACUGAAUCCGAUGAUCAUGUGACCAACCUCCUCCUCUCAGCCGCUAAGACCGAUGCGGAACCCACUUGAAGCAGGUCUUGGACUUGUUUUCUUCCGAGGGUACGGUCCCAAACAGGUUGACCUAUUGGGAGUUGGAAAUGAUUCCAAGGAAAAUAAGACAACAACUGCAGAGCAAGACCAACCGAGACAACAGUACAUCUAGAUUACGGACACUGAGUCUCGUCUCUUGGAUGGUGAUGUGUAAGGUGGAUCCCCAGACUUACACAUCUGUAAAAACCCAAUUACACACACACACACACACACACACAACACACAUAUACAUAUUAGUAAAGAGCCAUACUAAAGAUAAUAGACAAUGAUCGCCCUGAAACUAUAAAAAUACACAAAUAAAAGAAUGUAAGUUUAAGUUUUGUCUUUAUUUCAAAUUGCAUUUCCAAGAAUAACUUUCAAGUAAAUCUACAAAAUUGAUUUAAAAAAUUACAAUGAAAGUAACUGAUGGAGUACAGUAUAACACCUUUUGGGUUUUUUCUAUCCAUCAAAGAGAUAUUAUGCUUAGGAAUGGGUCUGGAGCCUAUAUCACAGAGGAAAUGGUUAUGUGUAUUCCUUGAAAGCACACCUCUUCAUUAUUGGAAAUUGUUUUUUAAAUGCUCUUUCGAUCCAUUUAAUGGAUGUUUGAUUACUGAUGUUUUGGGGGGAGAAAUUCAAAUUCAGAUGUGAAUUGAUGUAGUCGAAGGAGCUUUUUGUUGACUGGUUGAUCAUGAACCUUUACUAUUGAUCUAAUAAUCUAAUAAUUGUUUAUAUUAUUGUGUAUGACUUAAGUAACACAAUAUUUGUAGAAAAUUGUAUUUUUAUACCUCUGCCACCGAAAGUGGUGCUGGAGGCAUUAUGUUUUGCGGUUUUCCUUCAUUGUGUCUAUCCGUCCUACUUACCUGAAGAACCAUUAAAUAGAUCGUAACCAAACUUGGAUCAAGUUUGUAUGAUCAUGCAAUAAUGAAAUUGGAUUUUUGGUGUAUAGGUCAAAGGUCAAAAGUUGCAGGGUCAUAAAAGUGUUUAAAAAUGCCGGUAAAUAGCUCAUUACUGCAACAACUCAUAAACAAUUAAUUAAAUUCAAACCAAACAUUGAUGAAAUGUGAAUGGGCAUGCAAGGAAAGGAAGAACUAAUUAUAUUUUUGUGUAAGAGGUGGAAGGUCAAAGACCACAGUGUAAUAAAAGUGUUUAUAAAUGCCAGAAAAUAUCUUGUUGCAGCGAUAAUUAAAGGAGUGUUCCCGCAUUGCAAAUCAGACGUGGGUGCAGUAUGUAUGAGCAUGCAAGGAGGAACUGAUUACAUUUUUUGGUGUACCUGUAGUAGUUCAAAUGUGACAGAUCAUAGGGUCAUAAAAGUGUUCAAAAUCAACGAAAAUAUCCUAUUACUAUGGUAACUUAAACAAGAAUUUAACCAAUGUUGACCAGACUGGGCACAAGUUUAUGUAUGUAUACGCAUAAAAACUUGAACAGAUUAAAAGAAAAGAGUUUGGGCUUGUAAGGUCAGUAGUUAAAGGUCACAUGAUCAUCGAUCAUGGACAUAUGUGUAACCGGUGGAGGCAUAUUAGAGACCCAGUCACAGCCAUCUUGUUUUUAAAUGAAAUUUGUCAAAUGUGAUAGGGAUGUCAAGUAACAUAAAUUAGAAUAUGUGAGAUUAUCUCUUUGCCUGCAACUCAAUUAUGCCACAUUGUCUUUGUCAUAGAAGAGUUUUGCCAAAGAUUUCAAGGCUAUUUAAAUGUAAUUUGUUCAGGUGUUAAUUAAAUAGGGUAGUCAUGUUGCCAAUCGGCACUGCAUGGUGGCAAAUGAAAGGUUGAA